UGGAUAUCAAACAUUGCUGGAGGUUUUAAAGGAAAGAAAGACAUCUUACAUAAGGGUUGUCUGUGGAUGAUGGGCAACAUUUUUUAAAAGUGCACUUUUCCUUUAAAGGAAAUUAUAUCAAAUUAUUUUGGCAGCAUUGUUAUAUUGUGUUAUAUAAUAUAAUACAUUUAAAUUCAGGGAACAGGAAAAUGUAGUACCCUAAAAUACUUCUGACGUCCAUGUCCUGUAUUUAAUUCUCAGGUGAACUGUAGUGAACCAUCUUGAAUAUGUCAUCGUCUUAGUAUACUGCGCUGUGAUUGGUGGAUAUGUUUGCCGAAACCGGAAGUUAAGACAAGUCAAGCCAGCGUUGUAAUCAUAUUUGUGACAUGCUAGCUCGGGAGGGACUGACCACAUACUGUCGCUUUCGAUAACGCUGCCCUGCCCAUUAACGAUAUUGUUUUACUGAUAUCACGCUGCCACAGCCCGUUGUGGCCGCCGUCCGUCCUGAGACGAACAUAGAUCACUGAACGUUCUCUGAGGAGCAACAACAAGACAGGGGACCUUGACAAGAGAAUGUGGCUGCCCUUGGUUGGAAUGACUGCCCUGCCACACCUUGGGGGGCUCUAUGGUGGGUACGUCACACGCAAAGAGGUGAAGACGUGGUACCCCACCCUGCAGAAACCAUCAUGGCGGCCCCCAAAUGCAGCCUUCCCAGUGGUGUGGACCUGCCUGUAUACAGGAAUGGGCUACGGAUCCUACCUGGUGUGGAAAGAGCUCGGAGGUUUCAAAGAGGAGGCGCUGGUGCCGCUGGGACUUUACGGUCUGCAACUAGCUCUCAACUGGGCCUGGACGCCCAUCUUCUUCGGUGCACACAAGCUCAAACUGGCCUUCAUGGAGAUUGUGCUUCUAACCGGGACCGUUGGCGCCACCAUGUGGUCAUGGUAUCCCAUCAGCCGGCCCGCCGCUCUGCUGUUGGCGCCCUACCUGGCCUGGCUGGGCUUGGCUACCUCCCUCUGCUACUGCAUAUGGAGGGACAACCCCGAGACAAAAGAUGAGUAGAAGAUGUAGUAUUAGUACUUGAGGACAAAACAAACCACACCAGCCUUAAUUCGCCGGCGGUGCUUCCAAAUGAUCUUCAAAUGUAUUUUUCAUUGCACAAAACUUUUGAUUUUUGAAGCCACUUUUUGGAUUGACAUCACUAUACUAGUUUGUUUAUGACUUUGCCUUAUUUUCUUCCAACCAGAAACUUCUUGUCUUCGUAACAGCCUGUUCUUAGAAGUACAUGAUCGUCUGUUUCUUUUAUGUCUUAGUAAUCCAAUAUAAAAUGUUUUUCUAUCAUGGAAUGGAAUAACAUGGAAUAAAUGAUUGGUGCUCA